CAAAUAAACGAGAGGCAAAGAGGAGCCAAUGGGGAUGGCGCUAACGGCUUUGACAAGCCACACGAUUCUCCUCGUCAUAUCUACUAUUAUAUCUUUUCAUUGGACGAUUCUCCGUCUAAAUAACCUAAACCUUCUUCAGAUCACUACAGCUUUCAAAGGAUGAGAAUUUGGUGAAUGUUUUUGGAUCGAUUUUUAGUUGACGUGACAAUGUUGCCUGUUUGCUCAGCCACCCCAAGCUGUGCUUCCUAUUCUACGAUUUCACUACAUGGAUUGCGACCUUCUUCCCCAUUCCAGAAGGAUUUUGAGGUCAGAUGUAUCAGGGAAGAAAGGGUUUUUUUAGGCUUGCCAAAUGGAACUCAGUCCCGAGGAGAAUCUUUUCAAACACAAGCUUCAAAGUCUUUGUACUCUACUUUUGUUAAGAGCACUGAACAAUCAGUCUCCCCAGGUUUCACUAAUAAUCAAUCCUGCCAAAAUGAAUCAGAUUAUUUGGAGUGCAACUUUUCAGAUGUUUGGAGUUCUUCAAAUGAAAUGAUAAAUGAAACAGUCCCCUUGGGAAGGGCGGAAGUCAAAUAUGUAGAGGAUUCUAGCACAGCUGUUGCAGAAGAAGGAUUCACGAACUUGAAAGAGAUAUCAUCUCAACCUGCAGAUAUUUUCUCUGGACCUAUAGAACCUGAAACCAUAUCAACUACUGACAUAAUGGCAUCUGCAUCUGACACUUUAGAUGCAUAUAAGGAUCCAUUGUUCAAUAAAAAAACAAGUAUUGAGGAUUUUCUGGAUGGUGCUAGUAAGUCCUUCAGUACAUCAAUAAACAAGGGAGAAAGUGCCUUGAAAAGCUCAGUAGAUGCCAUUAAUGCAUCAAUUUCAUCAGUCAUUAAAAAUGCUACUGAUGCAGUAGAUAAUGCUGUUGGUGGAGUGUUUUCAACUGCUGAUCAAAACAGAGAAUUGGCCGGUAAUAGUUUGACAAGCUUUUCAAGUGACUUGAAGGAAGCCAUAAGUAAAGCAUCUGUUGUUGCGGCUGAUGUAUUGAGGCGUACAAUUGUCACGGUGGAGGAUUCUUUAAAAGAUGGGGCUUCCUUUGUUGUUUAUUCUUAUGGGUCCACCAAAGAACUGCUUCCUCCAGACAUCAGGGAUGCUCUGAAUUUGUCUGAAGAGAGAGCAAUAGAUGUCUUGAGGCCGGUCAGGGCGAUUUUUCAACAGGUGUAUAUUGCUUUAGAGGGGUUGGAGAAAAAUCUUGGCUUGGAUCCAAAUGAUCCAAUUGUUCCAUUUGUGCUUUUCCUUGGAACCUCAACCACUUUAUGGGUGUUUUUUUGGGUGUGGACAUAUAGUGGUUACUCUGGAGAUUUAUCUGCUAAAUUAACUUUGGAGUUCUUGACUGGGAAGGAGAAUAAUGUACUCAUUGAUGUCCGGCCCGAGGUUUUGAGAGAAAGUAAUGGUGUUCCUGAUCUCCGUCGGGCAGCUCGGUCUCGCUAUGCAAAUGUAACUCUACCUGAGGUUGAUGGUUCUGUAAGGAAGUUCUUGAAGAGUGGAAGAGACCUUGAUGACUCCUUGAUUGCUGCUGUCAUUCGGAAUUUGAAGAUUGUUCAGGACAGGUCCAAGGUCAUAAUCAUGGAUGCUGAUGGUACUCGCUCCAAAGGCAUUGCAAGAUCCUUGAAAAAACUUGGGGUUAAGCAACCAUACUUGGUCCAAGGUGGCUUUGAGUCUUGGGUAAAGCAGGGGCUCCGUAUUAAGGCACUCAAACCUGAGACAACACUUACUGUUCUCAACGAAGAUGCUGAGGCAAUUUUGGAGGAAAUCAGUCCUUCUCCAGUUAAAGUUCUUGGGUUUAGUUUGGGUUUCCUUGCGGCCCUUUAUGCCCUACUAGAGUGGGAGAAGACAUUACAAAUUAUUGGCAUUGUUGGCCUCGGACAGACGAUCUUCCGGCGGGUUGCUUCCUAUGAGAGCUCUGAAGAUUUUAAGCAGGAUGUGAGACACGAGUCAGGGUUUGAUGCAUGCCAGAAGUUUCUGGCACACAAACUGAGAGAAGGAUUCACCACAUGUCUAGUUAUCCAUGAACUGAAUUCCGAGCUAAUCCUGCUGCUUGCUCCCAUUAGAGUUGGAACUGAAGCAUUUUCAUGGGCUGCGGGAAAAUGGGAAACCAAUCGCAUUGGACUGCCAACAUCCCCUUCAUCCUCAGAUGUUCAAAAUCGGGUCUUGCAGGCUGCUGCAAAGCAUGAAUCUCAACCACCUGAUUCCGAAGGUAUCCAAGACCCAUCUCCUGAGCCAACAAUUCAAGUAAACAAGAAUGUAGAUCUCUCAGAAGCAUAAGGUUGGGAUUCUUGUUGUUGUACAGUACUUAAAUUCGAGCAUCACAUCCUUACAUUAGAAUGGAGCUGAGUUUUAUCACGCAAGUUUACUUGGACGAGUGAAUGAUAAAAAAGAUUAUUGUAGAUUGAUGUUGUUGAGAAACUAAAGUGUGACUUUUUCUACAUUUCAUCAAGUCGGUGAAGCAAAAUUUCAAUGUUCCAUUAAAUCAA